AUAAUACAUUAAUCAAACCCCAAAAAUACAAAAUGAAGGAAGGUGGGGAAGGCAGCAAUAGUAGAGCAGCAGCCGAUGAGAACUUCCUCGAGUACGGUGGCUGCUACCACCACCACCGCCGCCAGUUCUCCACCGUAGUUCUUAGAAUCAUGGUGUUGUUUGUGGUGGUUGGUCUUUCAUGCUUUGUUCUUUAUCAUUCUGCUUAUCCUACCCAAUUUUUUCAGAGCUUUUAUAAUCCUAUUUCCGUUUCUGAAGAAAAUUUCAAACCACGUGAUGACAUGCAAGGCAAUUUGUCUUCUUUAUCUAAUGACACAAAACGGGCAAACUUAUCUUCUCCAUUUCAAGACUUUCCUUCAGGAAAUCUAUCUUCUUUGGGCGAUGGUGAAAAUAAUUUGGAGAGGACAUUAAACAAGGCUGCCAUGAAGGACAAAACUGUAAUUAUCACCACCUUAAAUGCAGCCUGGACAGAACCUAAUUCGAUAUUUGAUAUUUUUCUUGAAAGCUUUAGAAUUGGAAAUCAAACACAAGAUCUAUUGAAUCAUGUAGUUUUUGUAGCUUUGGAUGAAAAGGCAUACUCUCGUUGCUUAGGGUUACGCCUACACUGCUAUGCCCUCAGCACCGUCGGCAUCGACUUCUCUGGCGAAGCUUUUUUUAUGAGUGAAGAUUAUUUGAAAAUGAUGUGGAGGAGGAUUGAUUUUCUACGCGUUGUGCUUGAGAUGGGAUACAACUUUAUUUUCACGGAUGCCGAUGUAAUGUGGCUACGAAAUCCAUUUCAUCGGUUCCAUUCUGACGGGGAUUUCCAAAUAGCCUGCGAUCACUACUGGUACAACUACACAGAUUUGGACAAUUCACCAAACGGAGGAUUCAACUACGUCAAAGCAAACAACAAAACAAUACAGUUUUACAAAUAUUGGUAUGAAGCAAAAGACAAGUUCCCAGGAAAACACGAUCAAGAUGUUCUUAACUUCAUCAAAUACGAUCCCUUCAUUGAAAAGAUUGGAUUGCAAAUUAGGUUUUUGGAUACAGCUUAUUUUGGAGGGUUUUGUGAACCUAGCAAAGAUCUUAAUCUGGUGUGCACAAUGCAUGCAAAUUGUUGCAUUGGUUUAGAUAACAAGAUUCACGAUCUCAAAAUGUUGAUUGAUGAUUGGAAAAAAUAUAUGGCACUGUCAGAUACUAAUAAGAUUUUGGUGAAACCAUCGUGGACAGUUCCACGGAUUUGUGGGUAGUUAAAUUUACUUAACUGGAAACAGUGAGAAUUUUGAAGUUGUUUGUGUUUAUUAACAGCUGAUAAUUAAGUGUAAAUUUCUAUUAUGGAUAAUGUCAUUUGACUCCUUUAUAAUGCAUUUCUCUUAGCAUAAA